CUCUGAUUGGCCGAGGCGGCGGCCGUGCCGCCGCGAGGCUCCGCCCCUCCCGGGCACCUGAAGACUCCGUCGGGCGAGCGGCUCGCGCCGUCGGCUCAGGCUGCCUCGGAGCCUCCGCCCGCUCCGCUCGCGAAUACCAAAAGGACCUGGAAAAGAGAAGAUAAAGCCUAUUCAGUAUUCAGAUCAGGAGAUCAGCAAACCAGGAAAUGCACAAUUUUGAGGACGAGUUAACAUGUCCCAUUUGCUACAGUAUUUUUGAAGAUCCUCGAGUACUACCAUGUUCUCAUACAUUUUGUAGAAAUUGUUUGGAAAAUGUUCUUCAGGCAUCUGGUAACUUUUAUAUAUGGAGACCUUUGCGAAUUCCACUCAAGUGUCCUAACUGCAGAAGUAUUAUUGAAAUUGCUUCAACUGGUAUAGAAUCCUUACCUGUAAAUUUUGCAUUAAGAGCAAUUAUUGAAAAGUAUCAGCAAGAAGACCACCCAGAUGUUGUCACCUGCCCUGAACAUUACAGGCAACCAUUAAAUGUCUAUUGUCUACUAGAUAAAAAAUUAGUUUGUGGCCAUUGUCUUACUAUAGGCCAACAUCAUGGUCAUCCUAUAGAUGACCUUCAGAGUGCCUAUCUGAAAGAAAAGGAUACACCUCAGAAGUUGUUUAAACAGUUAACCGACACACGCUGGACAGAUAUCACUCGUCUUAUUGAAAAGCUUGAAGAACAGAAAUGUCAUUCAGAGAAAAUGCUUCAAAGUGAUAAGGAGGUGGUUCUCCAGUACUUUAAGGAGCUUACUGAUAUAUUAGAACAGAAGAAAAAAAAUUUUUUGGCAGCUCUCUGUGAUGUUGGCAAGCUGAUUAAUCAAGAAUACACUCCACAGAUUGAAAGAGUGAAGGAGAUGAGAGAGCAGCAGCUUGAGUUAAUGACAAUGACUACAUCUUUACAAGAUGAGUCUCCACUUAAAUUCCUAGAGAAAAUUGAUGAUGUCCGCCAGCGUGUGCAGAUGUUGAAACGAAGACCGCUUCCUGAGGUCCAGCCUGUUGAAAUUUAUCCUCGAGUAAGCAAAAUAUUAAAGGAAGAGUGGAGCAGAACAGAGAUUGGACAUAUUAAGAAGGCUGUCAUUCCUGAAAUGAGGAUUUCUUCAAAAAGGGUGCCAUGUUCCUGGCCUGAAAAGGAUGAAAAAGAAAUCGAAUUUUUUAAAAUUUUAAAUAUUGUUGUAGUUUCACUAAUUUCAGUGAUAUUAAUGUUGAUACUCUUUUUCAAUCAACACAUAAUCACCUUCUUAAAUGAAAUCACUUCAAUAUGUUUCUCUGAAGUCUCUUUGUCUGUUUACCAAAGUUUAUGUAAUAACUUAUAUGACUUUAAAAAUAUGGUAUGCUACCCUUUAUAUUUGUUAAAGGAAUUCAUGUGGAAAAUAGUUUCUCGUUGAAAAUUCAAAUCAACAGUUGUUAAGUGGGCUUAUUCUGUAUUGCAAAAGCUGACCAUUGCUAGAUGGAAGUCAGGGUAGCAUAGACAGCAAACUUAUAUAGAAAUAUGAUAAACAUUCCAUGGUUGGAUAAAAAUGGUAUCAGAAAUGAUACAUUAUCUGAAAGAUGAAUCAAAUUAUUUUUGAUUUGAAUAUUUUAUUGGCUUGAUAGUCAAUGUUAUCUUGUUUAACAAGUUUUUUUUAAAUGUUAUAUGCUACAGUACUUAACUUUGCAGUUCUUUGUAUAUGUAGGUAUUAGAUUUAAAAAAGUGACAAACUCAUUGAGAUCCAGAUGUCUGUUUUGACAUGGUUUAAAGCUUUUCAAUGUGUAGAUGGAGGUGGCAAGUUUUAAAAUCAGGCUAGGAUUGUUUAAACAUCUUGGCCAAACAUAACUGUUAAUAAGAGCAUUCAUUCCAAAUAAAGCUACUGCUUUUGGAUAAAUCAAGUGUGCAGUACUUGUUUUAUAUAGAUUACAAUUAGGAGCUGAGUUUAAUGGCUGGAGAAUCUGAGUCAAGGUCAGCCUGAAUAUCAAGUGAGAUGCCCAAAACCAACCAAAUAAAAAGGUCUGGUGGCAGAGCCCCUGCCUUUUCUAUUGGCUCUAGCACCACAAAGCAAUACAAGCAAAUAUUUUGUGUUCUAGUCUUGUACGAAAUCAUGUUGAUGUGAUUUAUUUACUAGGUCUGGUAUCAUAAAUCCGUAUUUGUCUUAAAAUGGUCUCAGUCUGUAGCCUAAGUGCUGUGAAUUACAAGUAUGAGCUGUUGUACGUAGCUGGCUAGUCUUACAAGAGCUCAUGAAGGCAGAACCUUGAUUCCCUUGACAGGAACUAGCAUGUUUGCAGUGCACCUUUGGCUGUCAUUGAAAUAUUGAACACAAACCAAUUUUUAUCCAGAAAUCCCAAAUGGGCUAUUGAAUCACCACCUCUGGGGACCGUAUUUCAAAGGUCAGAUUCAAGGCUGUAUUCAGAUUCAAGGUUAGGACAAUGCUGAAAAGUUUUAUCACUAAGAUUAAGUAUUAGGUCCACUUAAAUAAUCAGAUUUUACCCGGCACAGUUACUGUAUCUAUAUCCUGAGGCUGUUUGGAAUAUAUAACAGAGGUGAGGGGAAACCAUGUACAGUAGUUUUUCCCAGAUGUAUGUCACAAUGUAAAUAAUAGGUAGCAAGCAAAGACAUUUUUCAGGGUUAACUGUGUAAAUGAGAAACAUCAAAGUAAUGCAGUGCCAUGUUAGGAGGUGGGAGAACCUCUGUAUAUUGCUUAAAAAACCGGAGCAGACUUAACAGAAACCAAGCUAAACAAGCAUAUGCCUAGUGUUUAUUUAUGCUUGGCAGUUUUUAGUACACAACUCUGUUUUCUGGUAGGAGUAACUAUAUACUUAACGUUUUAUAUUCUUACCAGGAGGCUGAGAUUGUACAAUUUAAAGUACACACACUUCAGAAAUCCUGGGCUUUGUGUAUAACAAUAUAUUUGAAUAAACUUGGUAUUUUAUUGAAUGGCUUAGAAAGUGGUGGCUUUGGAAUUUUCAUACAGCUUCUGGAUUGUCUUUUGAAAAGUUAGCUUUGAAUUCCAUCAUACUAUAGUUAUUAAAAUGUAUUUUCUUUCACUUUCACAAUCAUUGUAACUCUUUGUUUUUUUUGAGACAGGGUUUCUCUGUAUUGUUUUGGAGGCUGUCCUGGAACUAGCUCUGUAGACCAGGCUGACCUCUGCCUUCCAAGUGCUGGGAUUAAAGGUGUGCACCACCAAUGCCCGGCCAUUGUAGCAUGUUGCUAGUUUGUUGUGGCUUUAUUCUGAAUCAUGUUCCAUUGUAGGAGGCAUUUGUCUGAUUUCUUAGGAUAAGCACCUAGGAAUUUAAUAAGGCAAAUUCAUUAGAUAGGAACUUAUUAAGUAGAGCAGGCCUCUGACAGCUGGUGAUGGCAGGCAUUAAAAUUCCUUCUGAAAAUGUUGCCAGUUUAUAUCUACUAGUAUAUAAUAUUCUUUAGACUAACUGUAUUAGACAUGCAAACAAUUUGCUUUUAUACUUUUGGGUCCCAUGUUAUCCAUCCUGUGAUUACACCCUUCUCCCUCCCUGGUUUUCACUGAACUUGGUUAUGCAUUAGCCUACAUAGGUAGGCCAUGAUCCUCAUAUAUGAUGGCCUGCCUCUGACUGACCCUGGGAUUACAGGAACUCAAGAGAAGGUGGAAUACCUGUAAUGUCCAUUAUGGUAGAAACCAGAGUUUGAGGUUAGAUGGAUCACACUGAACACAAAACUAAACCACUCACUGGCCUUGCUCCUUGCUAGACACUAACAGGAGAGAUGGCCCCUUUCUCCCCUCACUAUGGCCAUGAGAAAGAUGGCCUUAAUCGCAUGACCAGGACUAGAGAGACCUGGCCCUGCCCCUAAUGGGAGGGUGGUGGUGAGGGGUCAGUCCCAGUGGUCUAAAACUACCAGCUUAUUGGGGGAAAGUGAACAGGAAAGGGGCAAGAGAGGUAGAGAGAGAUGCAGAGGAGGUUGGGGGUGGGAAGGUAGGAGGAAGAUGGGAGGUGGGAAUGAAUUGAAUGGUGCUCUUUGUGGUUGCAGCUGAGGGUAUAUUCUGUGAGAACCCCAAGGACAGUCAGUACAAAUGCCUAAGUACUAACAGUUUUGAUGAGGGUCCAGUGAUGGUGUUCAGAGGCCUUGAACCAGAACAACUCAUUGCAAUGAAUACUUUGCAAGUGGCCUGACUGGACAAGCUGAUAACACUGCAGGUCCUGAUGGAUAAGUGAAGACAUGUUGGAAGGACAGAGGAGCAAGAUGCUUAUUUGUUUCUAAUUUUUUGGGGGCAAGUUACAGUACUGAGGGGCAGAUAUGGAGGGGCUGAGAAGUGAGCACGAUUGGGGUGAUUGAUGUGAAAUUCCCAAGGAAUCAAUAAUUAUGUUAAAAGAAAAAACAAACCCAGAAAACCAAGCCAGUCAGACUCAUUUAAUACAGAAAUGGAUACAAUUAUCUCAGACCUUAUCACUAAUAAAACAGAAGCCAUUGUCAUACAACUUAGAAAAAUGUACUUUAUACAACUUAAUAAAGAAUUAUGUUUAAAACA